AUGUUAACUGCGAAGGGACGGUUCUUCUCGGCCGGCGCCGAUGUGUCCAUUUCCAAUGCCCAAGCUCCAGGAACUGACAAAUCCCGAUAUUGGCUUAAAAACUUCGUCUCCAACAACCUCAACAUAACCCAAGCCUUUUACACCCACCCUAAAAUUCUGGUCACAGCUCUUAAUGGACCAGCCGUGGGUCUCUCAGCCGCCCUCAUCGCAUUCUCAGACUUCAUCUACUGCACGUCUUCCGCGUACCUCUUUACCCCCUUCUCCUCCCUCGGCCUCGUAGCCGAAGGAGGCGCCUCCCGCGCUUUCGUGCAGCGUCUCGGCAUCAGCAAAGCCAACGAGGCGCUUAUCAUGAGUAAACGCAUCACGGCCAAAGAGCUGCUGCAAGUCGGGUUCGUGAACAAGAUCUUUGAUCUUGAAAAAGGCGAGGAGGAGAAGAUCAGGGGACUGGUGUUGGAGGAGAUCGGGAACCGACUUGGGGACCAUUUAAAUGGGGAUAGUAUGACGAAAAUCAAGGCGUUGAUUCGGAAGCCUGAGAUUGAUGCUAUGGACGCGCAGGGUGUGGCGGAGGUAUUUGCUGGUUUAGAGAGGUUUAAUGCGGGCAUUCCGCAAAAGGAGUUUGACAAGAUUGCCAGUGGGCAGAAGAGGCAUAAACUGUAG